UAUAAAAUUAUGAAAUUCUUAGUUUUUGUUUUGUGUGUUGCCUCUGUGGCUGCCACAAUUGAUUGGGAUACAAUUGUUCCGGUUGAAGAAACACCUUUUCAGCCUGACGUCGUUGGUGCAAAGGAAGAAAGUCGUAUCACUAAUGGACAAAUAGCAGAACCUAAACAAUUUCCCUAUCAAGCUGGACUAUUGCUGCACUUGGAAAAAGGCUCCGCUUGGUGUGGUGGUACUUUGAUAUCAAAUCAAUGGGUUCUAACUGCUGCACAUUGUACUGAUUCAAUUGUUUCGGUUGAUGUGCACCUUGGAAUGUUUGAUCGUCUCAAUCGUUACGAAGAAGGACAAAAGGUUAUUCGCGUUGCCCGGGCGAAUAUUAUUGUUCACGAACAUUGGAAUCCAAGCUCUGUUCAAAAUGAUAUCUCUUUGAUCAGAUUGCCUUAUCCUGUAGAAUUCAAUGAAUACAUUCAAGCCGCUCAGUUGCCAAGACUAAUAGGCACUCCUUCAAACUAUGUUGGUGUUAAUUCCAUCGCUUCAGGUUGGGGACGUACAAGUGACUCUGCAACUGGAACCACUGACAAACUUCGUUGGAUUGAGGUGCCUAUAAUGGACAAUUCAGCAUGCGCUUCCUACUAUAGCGGAUCAGUAAGGGAUACCAACAUUUGUAUAAGCACCAAAAAUGCCAAAUCCACUUGCAAUGGUGACUCUGGUGGUCCAUUAGUCCUUGCUGAUAGGAGCAAUACAAUAAUUGGACUGACGUCAUUUGGUGUUAAACUCGGAUGUGAACAGGGAUGGCCAGGAGUUUUUACACGUGUAUCAUCUUACUUGAUUUGGAUUUUUCAGAACAGUGGUGUUGUUAACAUAUUUGAAACUUUUGGGAACAUGAAUUUCUCCGUCCUCGUCGUCAGUUUUGUCGUUUUAAUUUCCUUACUGGUAGUUGACGUAGGAGGUUCAUUUAGCAGGACCUAUUUUCGUCCAAGAAACAUUGACGCUAAAUUUGGAUUGCGAAGAAGUCAUCAAUUUGAAGGUCGUAUCACAAAUGGUCAAGCUGCUAUCGCUAAGCAAUUCCCAUACCAAGUCGGUCUUUUGCUAACUCAUACUGAUGGAAAUUAUUGGUGUGGCGGAACUUUGCUCUCAGUUAGAUGGAUUAUUACUGCAGCUCAUUGUACCAAAGGUGCAUCUCAAAUCAAAGUCAUCCUUGGUGGUUUGAAGAGUAAUCCAAAUGGAGACGUUGGAGAAGUUGUGAUAGAAGUUCCGGGAAAUAAGGAUAACGUGUUUGUGCACAAAAACUACAAUGCUAAUUCUAUUGUGAAUGACGUUUCCAUGAUUCGUUUACCCGAACCAGUGACGCUUUCUGAUUAUAUAAAACCUGCUAAAUUGCCAAAGUUUACUGGUGAAGCGCCCUUAUACACUGGACAAACUGGAAUUAUCUCAGGAUGGGGUCUUGUUAGUGAUAAUAGUGAGGGCAUUUCUCCAACCCUUCAGUGGACUGAUGUUGCUGUAAUUUCAAAUGCAGCUUGUGCAGUCUUUUAUGGACGUAGACCAACUUCACAACUUUGUAUUGGUACUAAGGGAACUCACAAGUCGACUUGCAGCGGUGAUUCAGGUGGGCCUUUAGUAGUGGAAGGAACUGACACUCUAAUUGGUGUUACUUCGUAUGGAUCAAGUUAUGGAUGUGAAAUAGGAUAUCCUGCAGGUUUUUCACGUGUAACUUCAUUUUUGGAUUGGAUCAAAGAAACUUCUGGACUGAUGCCUUAAAUAAAGUAAGAUUUUUUCCAAAAGAUUUACUUAAAAAUAAAAUGACUUGUUUUCGGGAAAUA